AUGGACGAUACCUCAGGUAGUGGCAGCAAAGUAGAUGAAACAGAAACAUCAGGUACAGAGCCACCCCCUGGGACUCCCCCAGUACAGGACCCUGGGAGCCCUCACGAUGGCGACCUGGCAGUGGGAGCCUGGUCUUCAGAAAGGGCUACGGCCACAGAGCAGCGUGGCGAGGAGGGCGAGGAGCAGGGCGAGCAUGAGGCUGGCAUGGAGCCCACACUGCCGUCAGCGGAGGGCCUGGGCCGCAGGGAAGAGCUGCUGGAGAAUGUGGAGCAAGGCGGGUUUGAGCCCAACGCCUCGAGCAUUGCAUCCCCUGCUACAACUGCAAAGCGCCCUCCUUUUCCUGAAUUAAUGCGUUCAGAAGAGGAGCGGCAAACUUCUCAAGACUCAGCGCUGUCAGAAGAUGCAGCAAGUGUCAUGGUAACAGGAACUGGGGCAGAGUCUCCUGGAAUUUUCCAGACUGAGGCGUUAUGUCUUGAUUCAGAACAGUUUUCUAGGAGAGUGAUUCAACGGGAAUACCACAUGCCUGACAUAAUAACUGUCAGAGUACAAACAGAUUCUGAUUCAUUUCAAGAUUUAACUGUAAAAAUAGAAAGACCUACCUAUCGUAAACCAUUUUUGGGUGGAUUUAAACAUAGUAUUACAGGAGUGGAAUUUCACAAUGCAGGCUCACAAACAGUACCUAAAAAACGACCUGACAAAGGGAAUUACUUGAUAUGCAUUUUUUUCCAGACUGUUUUUGAAAAAAAUAAGCUCCAACAAACAGUAAAUACGACAUCCACGCAGAUGACUAAAAUUGGUCUUUAUGUGUCAAACAUGACUGACAAAAUAAUAAGACCUGGGAAGUACGUUACGGCGGAUGAAUAUCAUAAACGUAGACUUGAAGCAGUAAUAGUAUUGCAGACCUAUUUCCGUCGCUGGCAUGCUAUAAAUUUAGUACAAAACAUAAGGGAAAAAAAGAGGUUAAGGCUGGAAUGGGAGGCACAGGAAGAGUUAAGGAAAAAAAAAGAGAAAGAAGAAAAACUACAAAGUGAGUACAGACGGAGACAGAAUCCUAAAACAAAAGAAGACUAUGAGCUACUUUACCGUGCUUUAGAAGUAUGGAGGCAGGAGGAGACUAAACGGAUUAACGAAAGUCUUUCUGGAACUGAAAGAAAGGCAGCCCUUUGUGGCCUUCUAGAACAAGAGGCGCAGCUGAUCGCUUCCAUCAACAGGUACAAACUGGACACGGACGAGGAGAAUCGACAACAAGCAAUUCUGCGCUUCCUCGGCAAGUGUGCACAGCCUAAGAGUUGGAAAGCAUUUGAUGGAAAAAUCACUGAAAUGGAUACACCGUACACGCUCCGUGCCAGAGAGCUACUUGAAAUCUACCGCAGCAUUAGCAUGGAUGAUAUCCCCAAAGAUGAGAGAAUAGAUGUGCUGCUGACACUCAGACGUACAGUGAAGGAACAUGAUUGUAAAUUAACACAGGAAAUAGUAGAAUUAAUUGACAGGGAAGUUGAUCUUACAAUGAGAGAUGUGAAAGAAUGCAACUUAGAAGGACUGAGGAAAAGAAUUUGUACAUUAUUUCUACAGUAUAUUAAAACUCCAAAGUUUAACCCUGAAGUUGCUAAAAUACUUAAGGUUCCGCCAGAUCCCUUACAGCUUUACAACAAUGUUAACUUCUGUCGGAGCUGCAAAAAUUACCUGCCAUCUUCUGAGUUCGCUGUUCCUGCCUGUUCACGCAGCAUUGGCCGGUGUCGUUUGUGCUGUAAGGUUGAUAACGAGGCUCGGAAGCGAGAGGCGUUUCUGAAGUACAGACUUAUGCUAAAAAAUCUCAGAGAAUCUGAAGCCGAUUAUCAAGAUGGUGCUAAAAUUGUUUACUUAAUUCAGCAACAAGAUAUGAAGUACAUGGUUGAGAAAAUAUGGGAUUGUCAGUCAGCUCUGAGUGCCUGCGAUGACCUCUAUGAUUUGGUUAUGGUCAGAUGGGAUAAGCACCAGGAGUGGUCUCCAUGGAACACUAUUCUGCUGACUAAAGAUGAGGCAGAUGCACAUCUUAAACUGUGCAACCUUCAGGAGGCAUACGAAGCUGUAUUUAUUCACAGAAUAAACCGCAAGCAUAUCCGGGCAAAAAAAUAUUUUACUCAGAUUCCAGGGAUGGCAUCCAUUUUACACAGGAGUGAUGAUCAGACUAAUACAAGUGAAUGUUUAAUAGCUAAGCCUAUUCCUGGUACACAAGCAUCAUUGAUAAAGGUAUUAAAGAGGACUGGACGCAACACAGUGACCCCCACUCGUGACCAGUCACCAGCUGGAUAUGACUCCAUUCACCACCGCUCUCCGGGCCCAGCCAUCCAGCCAGUUCUUCCCCCAGCGAAGAGUACAGCUGUCUACGCCAUGAGCUGCCAGCUUCUCCAGACACGUAACAAAGAUAUUUGA